AUGCGAGACGAUGGACACUGGUGGUAUGACCAAAAUGUUGGAGUAGGAACAACAACUGAUCCGUCGGUCAAUGCUGACAUGAUCUCGCCAGCUUUUUGGUUGGUCAGCGGUAGAGAGUUUAAAAUCACGCGCAGUGAUGACUCCAGUCAUGCGCCACUAUUGCAGACCACAGGGAACUGUUUGGGAGGACAAACAUUUCGAUCAAAAAUAACAAGUUAUGGUGUCUUCAGAUAUCGCAAGGUUUGGUCCAGUUACAGGUGCCUGGGAAACUGCACCGUGAAAUAUGGCGGUCAGUACAAGACAACAGAGGGGUUUAAACAGGCUGAGUGUAAUGGCAGUCUCGCCACCAGCAACAAGAUCAGCUUUUGGUGUCACUAUAGCAAAGAUGCAUCAGUAAUGAUGAUUGGUUCUGGAGGAAAAGGCUGUGAACGUGCUGAUCACGGGAUUGGAAUAACAGAAGCAAACCACGCUUCUUUUGAAGCACAAGGAUGGGCAGGGGAAUAUGACUUUGGAAACGACGCUGAAGAUUGGUUCGGGUAUCCAACUGAUGCUUAUUCAUUAAACUUGUGGAUCCGUUGAUUGAAAGAGGUCGUAUGAUAACUCAUGCAGGCAUGUUUAACGUUAUAUACAAUCUUUCUUGUUCAAGGCAGUAGAGAACAUAAGCAUAACUGUAUUUAAACCUUAUGAAAUUUAUAGCUUUAAUUUUAGUUUGAAAACAAUUAGUCCGCUUAAAAAUCAACGCACAUAAAAAAUUAACAAAAACAUGAACAGCAUCAAAAUUGAAGAACGCUUCGUUGACUAACAAUUUUUCUGAGAUGUCUCCAUUUUAUACAGUUAAACGUAUCAACAUUAGCUGACUCUCUUCAAGAGAGGAUAAAGCUCUCUUGGUCUUCUUAUAUAGUGAGAUAUGAAAGGUGGUCUAAAUUUCAGUUGUUAUUAUGUGAACAGUUUGGGGUGAUGCUCGAUGUAUAAGUGUAUAAGAACUGUCUUCUUGCAUACUAAUUCGGUAUAGGUUUACUAAUGAGGGUCUCUCUACUACAAUAGGCACAAUAGACUUGCCUAGACUUGCCCGGUCAGUAACUUGAGCCGGCUUUGAACGUCUAUUAAAAGAGAAAUAGGAAUAAGAAAGCGGUCACCUAUCAAGGCGAGAAACGGCUUCCUAUAUCUUAUUUAUUGCUAAAACUCGGGAAAAUAUAAACAAAACACAUACACAAAGUAGAACUGAAAACUCUCUAUUUCAAUUUUGUCUGAGGUUUUCUCCUAUCUAUCUCGAGGAAAUGAAAAACUAUUAUAGUCUCAGCGUUUCACGCACCGUUAGUCAGUUAAUUAUACGAGUUCGCAAGCCCAAAAUUUGCAUACAAAUUAGUUCUGCAGUAAAAACCCCAAGGGAGCAUCUUGACGUAUUGAAAGAACUUAACAAGGAUCAAUUGAAACAAGUAACUAAUAGUUGCUAGCAAUAAAACCAGACACGUUUCUUAAGACACAAGAAAUCAACUUUAUUACCCUUUAUUGAAAUAAUUGCAAAAAGAUUAGAUUACAGAUUCUAUUAAAAUAGUCAAAGAAAGCAAGCCAUCCUUUUUUUUUACACUGCGCACAAUGUUUUACUUACCCGUCUCCCUUUUCAUUUCUAUUUCCCUCCUCCUCCUCCACAAUUUUAUUAUUUCCCUCCUCGAAUUUUUUUAUUCCCUCCUCAAUUUUUUUUGCUAUUCCCUCCUCCACAAUUUCAUUAUUUUCCCUCCUCCUCCUCCUCCUCAAUUUUAUUAUUCUUGGUUUGCACGUGACGUCACCAAAAAUCAAACUAAGAAACUAUCGAUUUUUCUGAGUUUCUACUUUCACCAGGUAUUACAGUAACUAAACACCUUUGCAUAAACAAAUUUUUGGUUCGAAAGGGUUCUUCGUUUUGCGAGAGAGGACGCUUGAAUUUCCAGGCUUUUGCGUGACGCGGCAUUUAGCUGGCGGCCGGGAAAGCUCUUAUGUGGGUUAACAACAUUACCGAUUUUGGGAGAUUUUGUAAUCUAAACAUUCCUUACAUACAUACAUAACCUUUAUUAAAGUGUCUUGUCGCUCUAGUGCCUAUUGGCACUAAUUGGGGACACCUUUAAAACUAAAUUACAUCAUUAAUAGAAACUAAUUAAGUACUAUAAAAGCCGGAAAUUGACACUAUUCAAGCUAAGUGCUCUUUUACACUCUAAAAACUAAGUUCUAGAUUUAACACUUCGAAGCUAAGUUCGAAAAUUUACAAUAUAAAAACUAAAUGCGUAUAUUAGCUCGGACACUAAAAUGAAUAAGUAAAUAUGCGUACGUCCUCUUAAUCUAAGCAUAAGCGGCAUUCACUCCCACAUCCCUCAAGAAAUGAUGUUACAUCCUUCUUACGUAUCAUUGUCCUAAAAGUUGCCAAAGUUGCAAUAUUUCUCUCCUCCUUGCUUAGUUUAGACCAUAAUUGUGGUCCGAGAAAUCUGAGAGAAUGUUUUCCAUGAGUAACAGUUUUAAACCGAGGUAAGACAAAAUCUGCAUUUCUUAGGUUAUAUCUCUUACUAUUAAUAUUCUCCUCGUUGAUAUUAAAAAUAUCCGCAAUUUGGUUCACUGUUAAUUUGUUUUUUACUUUAAACAUCAAAAUGAGUAUAUCCUGCAACCUCCUAUUUUGUAAAGUAGUCAACUUAGCUCUUUUCAGCAAGGUGUCAUAACUUUCGGUAGUAGUAUUAUACACUAAUCUUAAGGCUCUUUCUUGUAGACGCUCCAAUUUACGACAAUCAGAUGCCGUGCAAAAAUGCCACACUAGGUGGCAAUAAGUAAGGUGUGGCAUAAUAGCUGAUUUGUACAAAAGUAACUUGGCAUUUACUGGCAUAAGAUUUUUAAGCCUUCUUAAUAUUCCGAUCAUCCCGCCAACUUUCUUACACACACUACGUAUAUGAUCUCUAAAGUUUAGGUUUUCAUCUAGGUUUACACCUAGGAUCUUGAUGGAUUGUGACUGUUCGACUUUUUCGCCACAUAUAUCCAGAUCAACGUUCCUUUCUCCUUUUGGAUUUCCCAAAACCAUGGCUUGAUAUUUAUCGCAAUUGACUUUUAAAAGAUUAUCUUGAUACCAUUUAGUCAUCCUCUCCCAUUGUCCACCAGUAUCUUCUCCACGCUUUUGGUUGUUUCGUUUGCUACAAAGACCUGAUGGUCAUCCGCAUACAUCGAGACAUUGGCAUCUGAUAUUAUGCUAGGCAUAUCGUUCUGGAAAAUAUUCCACAUGAGUGGUCCAAACGUACUUCCCUGUGGACAUCCUCUCUUCACCACAACCCAGUCACUUGUUACAGAACCUAUCCUUACUCUGUUCUUUCUUCCCUGAAAAUAUGAUCGUAUGAGCUGUAUGGCUUUAUCGGAGAAAUUGUAGGCUUGCAGUUUAUUUAUGAGCAACUGAGGGCUCAGAGAGUCAAAAGCCUUGCUCAUAUCCGAAGACAAUAUGCCGACAAUUUUCUUGCUGUCUAGUUCAGCUCUCCAUGUUUCGGUCAGCCUAAUCAGCGUGGUCUCACAGCUAUUCUUUUGCACGAUAGGCAGUGAUAGCAUCACUGAGUCUAUCAUCCAUAAACUUACUGACUUGUUGGCCCAGCAAUACUUCAUAGACUUUAUUCACGCAUGGCAACACCGUGAUAGGUCUAUAGUUUAUAUCCCUUUGUUUGUCAUCCUUCUUAUGUACCGGUAUCCAUUCUCCGCGCUUAAGCUCUGCUAUCCAUUCUCCAUUUCUAAUCGAUUGGUUAAAAAUCACAGUAAGAGAUGGAGCUAACUCAGUGGCACCUACUUUAAGGAUCUUAGGGUCCAUCCCGUCAUAUCCCCUUGACUUAUUGGGGUUUAGGUCGUUCAUGACUUUUCGUAAUUCUUCACAGGUAAUUUCGUUAAAUUCAAAGUGGUUUACUUGUAGAUCUCUCUUAUUGAGAUAAGUCGAUAUAUUGAGAAGAGAGUUGUGAUUCAUGAAAUCACUUUCCGCACAGUCAUUUACGUGGUCCCCCAAUUCCAUCAGCCAUUGUAGAGAAAAAAUUAGCAAAGUGGUUAGCUACUUUGGUUUGAUCCCCUUCCAACACAUCAUUAACUUUCAAGCAGAUAUUACCGCUGCUUCCCUGUUUGUUCAUGAAAUCAGUGAAUGGUCUAAACGUUCUGUAGAACUUUCUUGGAUCAGACUUGACAUUAUCUGAUACUUUUUUUCCAAUACUGCCUGAUUGCUUUUCUUCUUUCCUUGGUGGCCUCAUUGCGCCACUUCCUCUUCAAUUCAAAAUUCUCUGGUGUGGGAUGUUUACUGAAUUUUUUUUUGAGAAGCGUCUUUUUAGCUUUAAUUGCAUUUUUCCACUCUCUCGUCAUGUAUGGUACAUUAUGUGCCCUCACUUUCAUGUCCCUGGUAGGUACAUGAUCAUCAACGAUCUUAUUUAGCAAUGCCUCCCAAUACUCGUACUGUUCAUCAACGGAUUCGAAACUCUCACCCACCUGCCAAGGGGCCAUUUUCAGAUCUUCUUUGAACUUCUCUUCAUUAAAGUUCUUAUAGCUACGCACCCUCAGAAUUCUGGUCUUGUGUUGCACUGCUCUCUCCUUGAGCGACGCAUAGACCAUAUGAUGAUCACUAAUCUCUGGGUUGUACACACCUCUUCCUCGAAAAAACUCUGGUUGGUUUGUUAGAAUAACAUCUAGCAGAGUGGAACUAUUCUCUGUGAUCCUCGUAGGUUCUUUGAUCAAACAUUCCAGGCCAUACACUUCCUCAAGAUCACACAAAAUUUUUCCUUCCUUUUCUCCUUGUCUCAGAAUAAAUAUUACUGUAAUCUUUAUGGGUUCCUCAAGCGAAGAAUUCACUCAUUAGUAGGAACUCGAAAACAGAUGUUUCUGUUGGUAUCCGGCGGCCAUAUUGGUGUUCCUGAAAGGGACACCAAAAUGGCGUUUCCACACAAAGCCUUAUAAAUUUAGGUAAACCGUUUUUCCCAAUAUCUCGCAUUUGAAAUACUUCACAGACCUGAUUCUUGGCAAGGGUUUUUGUACAUUUAUCUUUUUUCAUUUCCCAGAUUAUAGUCCUUCUGUAUUGAAUGGUUUGCAUUUUUAUUUUUCAUGCAUUGCGUGACAGUGCAAGCCGAGAAUUUUCCCCCCUCAAUGUUUUUAUUCCCUCCUCUGGUUCCAUUAAUAAAGGGAAGGCAUACGGAAGGCAGGGGAAGGCACCAACGGGGUUAAUUUUCCUGAAGCAUGACUACUUUUAUUGAAUGGUGUUAUUGUGUAAGGGCUAGGGAUUGUUGUUGUGUUCUUUGUGACGUAACUCGAGACUUGCUAUUCACUUGGUAUACAGCUAUUUCGAGAAAGGUUGUCGGAAAAAGUGCACGCGACAAUCCCGAAAGGCAUUGUGGGUGGUUUUAAGUUCACUGUUCUUUAAAGAAAUUUGAAAGAAUUGGUACGAAAGGCCGUGGAAAUGUGUGGAAAUGAGUGCUAAAGAAAAGCAACAAAAGUAGGUUUGACAGCUGCAGAGUCAGGAACAGUGUACUGUUGAUAUCCCAUAUUACCUUUCGGGAUUGUCGCGUGCACAUUUGUUUCCGACAACCUUUCUCAAAAUAGCUGUAAAGAUGAAGACAAAUAUGACAAUCGUCUUAUCCUUCUCAUUAUUCCCAACAGCAAAUUGCUCGUGCGAACGUGAUGGGAAGUCUUAAAAGGGUGAAUAAAUUACCAAAUACAAGGGUUUUCAUUGCAGCUGAAAAAUGGAUAAUUAGAAGUAAACUGAAGUUGGUGGCCUUAUUUCUCUUCAAAACGGGAACCUGCGACGCUAAAAACAUGCACUUGACAGUUUUUCGUACAGUAAGAGCUAUAUUUUGCUUUGUUAAGAUUUGUUUCUAAAAGAGAGGGACAAAUACAAAGUAAGUUUGAUGAAUAGAAGUUCUUUAUGAAAAUGAAGAAAUGAUCGUCGCAGUGAACGCAAUUUAUGCAAUUGCGUGAAGAAGCCUGAAAAAAAAUUCAGGACUUUUUUUCAGGCUUCUUCACGCAAUUGCAUAAAUUGCGUGUACUGCGACGAUCAUUUCUUCAUUUUCCGGUUCAUUUCCGCAGUUCAUAUAUGAUUUAUUUCAUUUAUAUCAUUAACACUCAGAAGUUCUUUAAUAUCACCACGCACUCAGCUUAAAGUUGUUCUUCUUAAAGUGCUAACUGUAUUCGCCGUAGGUUUCUGAUUACUCUGUUUCUGGCAAUAAAACUUUAGGUAGGAAUAUCCUUUCAGAUAGUAGAUAGUCUGUCGGCUGUCUUCCUCUAUUUGUGCGUCAACUUUCACAAAUGUUUUAGCGUAGCAUUUUAAGGUUAAAUUUGACCAGCAUUUUGUGCAGCGAGUUCUACGGUCACGGUUGCCUUCAAACUUGCAGAUGAGGCUUAUUUGCUGAAGUUAGGCAAAAAUCUGUCGUGGAAUUUCGAAGUUAUUUACAUUUUUCGUAAAAAUGCGGUUUUAAAUAUAUGCCGAUAUCUCAAAGUUUUUGAAGAAAUUCAUCAGGCUAGUGAAGUUAAACAGUCGAUUUGAAUGUUCUUAAAACAUAGCCAGUCUUAACGUCUUAUUGAUGCUGACAGUUUCCGGCUCUCAAAGGUUUUUAUACCUACAAGAAAAUAAAUAACAUUUUCUUAAAGUUCCAUGAUUGUUUAUUGAGGAUGCCAAACAUCAUAGAAACUUUCACUCUGAAAAACGCAAAUCAAAAACAUAACCAACACGCAUAUAUAGGUUCGGGCCACAUUAAGCAAAAACAUUAAAAUAUUAAUAUUAAAUAUCUGCUUUACUUAAAAGGAAUCAGAUAAGAUAAGAAACGAUUCAAUUAACUCUUAUCUUCCCCGGCAGGAAGAGAUGCGGCGCCCUUCCAAAGAAUCCUUAACGUCAAGAGUUUCUUUGAGUGAAGAUUGCUAGAAAAAAAAUAUUCCCCGAGCACACUCCUACCAAGAGCCAUAAUAAUAAGCGAUGAUUUGUCCGAAGAGGACUCAAAUUCUGUUCAGCGUUUAAUUGGUCUAAAAAUAACUUUGGUGAAAUUCAAAUAUCCCAAGGGCUAGACUGGGCGUUUCCCUCUCUGUCCCAUUAUGGCUCUUGCUCCUACUUAAAUAGCGAACUAAUAUACAUUAAUUUGGACUCUUUCGGUGCUGAACAUAUAACGUCGACCACAUAACACAUGUAAAGUAUAGAAUUGAAAACUUAUCCUUGAUUCCCUUAUCUUUGUACUUAUCUUCUUCCUUCGCGUUGUUAAGUAUUAAUUGCAUUAGAAUACUACAUAUCUCCACUUAGUAAAGAAAGAGUAAAAGACAGGUUAACCUGCAAAUCCUUCACGGUCUUUCUAAGAAGUUCAAAGUUUGCCUUAAGUGGCUUAUCACUUCACAAAAAAUUGUUUCUGUUAGGGAGAGUUAAUUAAAGGCAUCUGUUCCACAAAACGUUUUCGCGAUGUUUAAACAACUUGAGAAUUAAAACAGUUUGAAUUUCAUUCGAGCGUUAAAUUUCACAGCAUCUGGGCCGGAUUGAGAAUAAGUUAUCGCGCCGUACAUCAGCUUAUUAGGUUGAUGUAAGUUCAAUUCUCAAAUUAGCUUCGUUGUUCCUUAUAACUCUGGACCGGCUCUGAAUCUUUAUUUGGGCAGUUGGUAACAGAAAGGAAAACUACUCAAGCAAACAACUUUGACCGCGUUGAAGAUUUCCUUUGCUGGACAACUUGAGUGUCACGUAUAGAACAUUUACCAAGAAAAAAAAAGGAACAGUAGAACUCUCUUACAGGUACGCUUGUCAUAAGGGAGCAGCAACGACGGCAAUGGGCUACAAAAACGGCAUUUAAAAAGUGAAUUCACGCUGCUUCAAACUUUAUCAAGCCUUUUUUAUCUCUUUUAGUUCGUCAAAUGUUGGCAAAUUUUUCUGGAGUUCAUUUCUAAAGCACUGUAUCGUAGUUCAGGAAAAGAAAGAGGAAGUCGUUGUCUUGUGUUCACGUCCUGCACAAAACGUGAAAUUAGGCAUUUUCACGUCGAAGUAGUGCAGUGACAGCAAAGAAGUGUACAAAAAAAGCGUGAAGCACGCGCAAAGUCUGUCUUGCUUUACUGUCUAAACCGUUUGCUAUUUUGCCGUUCUCGUUGCCGCCGCUGUCGUCGUUGCGAGCCUGAAGUAGACGAUUAUUUUCAAACGUUUUUAAUUAACUUGGAAGGCAGUAUCGUGAAACUCUAAAGAAAGUUGAGUCGGUACAAAGUUUAGUCUUACUUUAAUCGUAGAGUAACAAUUCUGAUCGAUUAGGGUUAAAUCAUGAGGAUGCUUUUUUUUUCAAUUCCACUUUUUGCUUUUCCGUAUUAAAAGAUAGUCAUGAAUAAACUUUUUGUUUCUUUCGAAGGACCUAAUAUCAACCCUACCCCUCACCCAAGACUAUCUAAAUUUAAUUGCUUUAAUUCCAGGCACAUGAUGUUAGCUGUUAUGAAGACUAGCGUUAGAUUAAUUCAUUUUAGAAAGACAAAUUCCCAAAAACGAGACAUCAUGUCUUACUUCGGAGAAUUCUCUGUAGUUACAGAUUCUAGUUUCAAGGAGUAUAAAGGCGGCGUUCUAAGGCAAACUUUGUUUAAUUCUUUAUACAGUCCUGUUUGUCAUUUCAGUGUACAGACAAGCCUGUAUUAAACGAUUACCCUUGUGGAAUGGCUAACUGACCGCUUAAUACAGAUUUUGACAAAUCUAGUAGUGUAUCAAGAAAAUGAAAAUAGUUACGACGCGAAAUACCCUUAGAACACAACAAGGCCUAGUGACCCCUGCAAAGGGUGUACUUUAAUUUCAACUUCUUCUUGCGCCAAAAGAAAGACCUAGAGUAACAGACUACUGUGUUCCAUGCUCAGUACUGAUCUGUUGCACGGCUAGCGUGGCACGUCUUCACAAAGCUAAUCGCUUAAUAGAAGUGAAGACAAAGUAACUUGUUGGGACCGCCUUGAAAAAGGUGACUGCGACCGCUUAAUAGAUGUGACCACUCAAUACAGGUCACUAGUUUUACAGUAAUUAAGGGAACUUCUUGUAUUUAUUUUAAUAAUUGCACAGUUCCUUAGUAAAUUAAAAUUAGCGUAAGAUAUUCUAUACCCAUUUAAAUUAUCUGAAAACAAUCCUUUAAAAUUUAUUGGUAGAUAUUUUUCUUCCGUCGAUGAUGGCUGUUAUCAAAACUCUGAUCCUCAUUUCCGUGAUCAUAUUACCAAUGAUGAUGAUGGCACAGGACCCUAAUCCAGGUAAUUAUUUUUGCCACUGAAAAAUUUAAAUAUUUUAUUUAAAGUAAAACUUGAAAUGAUGGCAAACUACAAUCUUGGACAGAAUAUCAUGGAACAAUCAACCCCAUCUCCCAAAUUGCGAAAAAAGUCAUCUGGUCCUAGUCAAACGAUCGUUUGGAAGACAAGAGGAGAUGAGGUGUCUGUGGAAGAGGCCAGAGGCUAAAUUUUGCUAUUGUUUAUUACAGAUGAAAUGGUUUGAAAAGUUCAAAUACCGUAUAAUUAACAAAAAAAGUAUUAUUGAAUGAGACUUAUAAGUAUGAUGUGAAGAAUUUUGCAGAUCAAGGCGAGAGAUCGAGCCUCUGAGAUCAGCAUAAUUCUGAUCUUCACAUCAUAAGAAAGUCGAAUUCACUGUUUUAUUAUUCAUGCAAAAGAUUCAGUUCCAAGUACUUAACUCUUGCCUAUUUCUCGGCACGGUUUCAGGAUAUGAACCGAUUUUUUUUUUGCUGGUACUAAAUAAUCAAGAAGGAGAUAAUAUCCAUCGAGCAAUAUGUUUUGCGUAUCCUUGCAUUUCUUCCGUUCAGUUUUAGAAAUUCAGCUAUUUCGUUUUCGGAUAGCAGUGAACGCUAUUUUUUUAUUUUUUUUUUAUUUUUUUGGUUCACUAUUGCUCAGCCUCGUUUUCAAUCAAAUGUAACCUCGAAUCGAUAGCAUAUUGCUCGCAUCUUCGAAAUAUGGCAAUCGCCAGUUGGUUAUGAAGAACAUUAUUUAGUUGAGGGAUUGGAGCCAGUCGGAAUCGGCAAAAUAUUUUGAAUUCAAGAUUACGAUGAUCAUUAUGAUCUGAUUAAGCAAGAUUAAGAUUUAGUAUUUGAUCAUCGCGGUCAUGAUUGUAUUUUUGGUUGUGAUUAUCUUGACAAUGAUGUUAAUGUGGAUUUCUUAUUUUCUUGGACAAAAGCAUCUCUUCAUUGCCAUUUGUACAAUAAAAGCUAUUUUGUUUUUUAAGUUUGUUACCUGCCGCUCAGCAAAGAAGAAGACGAGAUAAGGAGGGAGAGGGAAAGGGUUCUAAAAAUAUUCCAUGAAAUCGAGAGGGAGAUUAAACAAGCUUGCUCAGGUGAGUGAAAAAGUCCUUACCCCCACCCCUCCCCCCUCCACCUCCAACUCCCCCGAAGGGGGUACUCCCUUAAAUGGCCUAUACGGGGAGGCUAAGCCCGAAAGCAGGCCUGGCCCGAAAGGGUACGUUUUUUCAGGCUUCAGGUAUAUGAAAAAUUAGGGAAUUCACUCAUUCAGGUAUAUAAGAGGGGAGGGAAAUCCUUCAUUUCGGUCCGUAAAAGGACGCAAAAGCCGGCUGAAAGACUCAUCUUGCAAAGGGCAGUGAAAAGGACAAGAAAACUUUUUGGUUUAGUGAUUUAUUCAUAAAAUUAAUUAUAAAAAGUAAUUUAAACGAAUGCAGUGUUCUUAAUAGAUAAAUGAAAGGGCUACCACUUGUCAGUGGAAGGUAUCACUGUGCAACUUUGGAGCUGUUUUGGUGAAGUUAUUCCUUACUGACCAUUGAUACAUAACAUAAAGAGCUGCUGGGUGGAGUUUUGAAAAGUUUCUUUGCAUUAAACCAGGAUUAAAUUCUAAUCCACGGUUGUAUUUAACUUUCUAAAGAACUUUUGUUAUUAAAGUUCUACAAGUUAAGGCAUCAUUUUUUUGUAAUUUAGUGUCAAUAACAUUUUCCAUUACAAAAAACAAAACUUGGUUGAGACCUAGCGAAACCCUGGAUUUUCUUACCUAUCGUUCUAGAGGCCGGGCCCUGAUCGCUGUUAGGGCUUGCUUGAAGGUUUAAAGGAUAUUAUGGUGUAAUGAUAUAAUGGUGUAAGGGAAAGCCCUGAGAACGAGUUUGUAUGUUCUCAAAUAUAUAGAGAUAUUAUUCAAAACUUCUGUUCGAACGUGAGGUCUUAUUGCUUGUGUUUAGAUCAUCACCGCCGUUCUUGCGAAGAUGUGUCAUCUCCUGGAAUCUACCAGUUAAAUUUUGAUUCAAACAAAUUUAAGGUAAGCUUAAAAGUUAUUACCCUGUGAGCCGAGCUUAAACUCCAUUUUGUUAUCCGAUAUGGUACCGACGGUCGAUUACGGCGCGCAUUUCAAACUCGGCCUACUGGAGAAAGCGUUUGUUGGAAACUUCUGUCUAUUAUUUAUUUAUUUAUUUAUUUAUUUAUUUAUUUAUUUAUCAUCAUUUAUUCCAAUGUGUCUAUUCAUUUUGUUUAUUAUUUUUUGUUUGGUAAUUCGUUGUUCAUUACAACUAGGCUUGCCAUUAUACACAAAUAAAUGCCCAGGAGAGUAUCCUUCAACGUUCCUCGUUGAUUUAGCCAGGGAGAGAGGCUCUUGAACUGGGGAAGAGGGAAUUACGAUUCAGGCGCGCGAGAACAAAGGACUCGCGUGGGAGACAGGAAAGCAAGGGGACCUCAUUGAUCACAAUAUCUUAGUGCGUAAACUCUCACAUUACGAUAUUCCGAACCACAUCUUAUGCUGGAUUGCUGACUUUCUAUUGGAUAGGAGGCAGAGGGUUAAACUGGCCCAGGGUUGCUUCUCCGAGUGGCGUUAAAUCCCAGCCGGUGUUCCUCGGGGGACAAAGUUAGGGCCGUGGCUCUUCUUAAUAGUGAUUAAUGAUAUCGAUUUGAAUGCAGGAGAGGCAGAUAUGUGGAAAUAUGUGGAUGAUACCACAAUCUCUAAGGUGGUAGAUAAAGGCUAAGAGAGUUGUGUUCAGGAAGUGGUAGACGAUCUCGCAACGCAAGCAAGUGAUGACGGAUUUCAGUUAAACAAAGUAAAAGGAAAUGUGAAAUUUGACCCUAUCUGUGUUAACCGUCAGACCCUAGAAAAUGUGAACAGUGUGAAAUCGUUAUAGGACUUAAUAUUACCAGUGAUUUAAUUGAAAUGUUCAUGCGUCAGAACUAGUUAGAAAGGUCUCAAAAUGAUUAUAUUUUCUAAGACAACUUAAGAAAUCGCAGGUUGCCUAAAGAGAGCUACUUCUAUUUUAUAUCACAUGCUUUCGCUCUAUUCUGGAGUACGGCAGCCCAGUUUUCAUCGCGCUCUACCAAGUUAUCUAAGCGAAGACCAAGAAAGACUGCAAAAACGCGCUAUGAAGAUUAUUUAGCCUGAGCUAUCAUAUGCUAAUAUAAGGCUCUAGAGCUGUCCGAAUUUUAACACUGUAUGAAAGAAGAGGGGCAAUUGCGACAAAGUCGUUUGAUGAAAUAUGUGCUAAUCAAUCUCACAGUCUCUACAAACUACUUCCAAGUAAAUACCAGCCAAGCUACUCUGUCUGCUCUCUGACAGAACAAAGAACAUUUAUUCGUCCUAGUGUAAAAUUGAUAGAUACAAGAAUAGUGUUCUUUUAAGUUAUGUUUACAGUAGUUGAGAACUAGAUAUACUUUUGUUACUUAUUGUAUAUAGGAACCUGACGCGUGCUUUUGAAUUCGCGAUUUUGUAACAGUUUUAAAAUCGUAGUUUAUGUUGGAUCAUCUUUCUUCAAUUAGCUGUAGACUACGAGUAGUGCCCCAUUUUGCCUCAGGGAUAGUAGAGCGAGCGAAACGCGAGCGCGCGUGAAAAUUACCCUACGCGAGAGAAGGCGAAACGCGGCGGGGAGAGAGAAAAAUGCGUGGGGUGAUUUUCACGCCCGCUCACGUUUCGCUCGCUCUACUAUCCCUGAGGAAAAAUGGGGGACUACUCGUAGUCUAAAUUAGCAUGUAAACUGCUUUAAUUAGUUGUAAUUUUGUACAGUUGUAAAUUAUUGCAUUUGAAGACCUUAUCGCAAUUCAGCUCUUGGCUGCAAGUUUUAAAGGUGAAUAAAAUAUCUAUCUGUCUGUCUGUCUGUCUGUCUGUCUGUCUAUCUAUCUAUCUAUCUAAAACGUUCUUCCUUCGAAUAUUCUCCGUGUACUCGCGAGCCCGGUUUCCCCCUUUCCCUAGUUCUGACACACAGGCGUCCAUUUGCCUAUCGAUAUUGGAGGCCCGGCGUUAAGCGGAAGAAAAUUCAGUAUCAGUCUUUUCGCAAAAGAGACGUGACUUUAUUGAGCGAUCUAUUUUCUGCGUGCAUAGGUAGCCAAUCUUUGUCAAAAAUUCCCAAAUUAAGAAUUAAUCCAAUGUGCCUGAGCAUUAACGCUCGCAAGAAUUCUCCCUAAAAAAUAAGAAAUUAUAAACUCCAAAAAUAAAAAGAAUUAUUCUUCUGCAGGUGUACUGUGACUUCACUUGGACUCUUAUUGCAAGAUUUUCAAAUAGCGACAAAAAGAACUGGAUGCUAGACACUGGACACUGGUGGUAUGACCAAACUGUUGCAGAAGGAACAACAACUGAUCCGUCAGUCAAUGCUGACAUGAUCUCGCCAGCUUUUUGGUUGGUCAGCGGUAGAGAGUUUAAGAUCACGCGCAGUGAUGACUCCAGUCAUGCGCCAUUGUUGCAGACCAAAGGGAACUGUUUGGGAGGACAAACAUUUCGAUCAAAAAUGACAAGUUACGGCGUCUUUAGAUAUCGCAAGGUUUGGUCCAGUUACAGGUGCCUGGGAAACUGCACCGUGAAAUAUGGCGGUCAGUUCAAUACAACAGACGGGUUUAAAAAGGCUGGAUGCACUGGCAAGCUUCAAAGCAGCAAUAAGAUCGGUUUCUGGUGUGACUGGGAUGGCGAUGGAUCAGUAAUGAUGAUUGGUGGUGGAGGAAAAGUCUGUGAACGUGCUGAUCACGGGAUUGGAAUAACUGAAGCAGACCAGGCUUCUUUUAGUGAAGGGCGAGUAGGGGAAUAUGACUUUGGAAACGACGCUGAAGAUUGGCACGCGUAUCCAUCUGACGCUUAUUCAUUAAACUUGUGGAUCCGUUGAUUGAAGGAGGUCGAAUGAUAUUUGAGGCAUGUUUAACGUUAUGUACAAACUAACUUGUUCAAGGCAAUAGAGAACACAACCGUAUAUAAACCUUCUGGAAUGGCCAUAUUAGAAAUUUAAAAACUUGUAACCCGCCUAAAAAUCAGCGCACAUAAAAUCCAUGGUCACUGUAC